AUGGGUACCAGGAGACAUUUCAUCUCCACAGUUUUUAUCUUUCUGAUUUCAAAUGCUUACUCCGAAUCGUUUAACUCUGGAAUUGGAUCAUGUGACUCUGUUAUCAGUAGUUUGGUGACUGAAUUGGAAUAUGACAACGGCAGUCCGGAUACUGCAUUAAUGUGCAGAAAGGUGUCGAAAUGCCUCAAUUCACUGGAUAGUGAAUCCUCUCGGGAACUGAAAGAACUUUAUGAUUCAAGAUGCGAAAAGUAUGAAUUUUAUGGUCACGGAAUGAUGGAUUGCUACCAAACAAUCCUCGAGCAACGAGAACUUAGGGAGCUCUCGGAAAUAUCAAAAUGUCUGAGAACUGAUCCUAUUCAAAAACGGAACUACUUCAACAUAGCCCAGCCUUGCAUUCUCCAAGUUGCGAGUCAGUCGUGCACUACUCGCGCAUUCAACUAUCUCAAGACAAAUUAUGACGAGUUCCUGGAUUAUCUGACUAUUGAACCUGAAAAUGGGAACUGUGAGAAUCUCCAAGUCGAGUUAAACAGAUUUCAAUGCCGGAAUACUAUGAACAACGAACAUAAAAACUGGUUGUUUUUCAGAAAUGAAGACAGUACGGGUGACAUCUUUUCUUAUAUAGAAUCAGACAAUGAGGUGUGCUGGAAAUUUCAGAGAUGCAGUCGAGACACCUGCAACAUUUUCCCACUUGCAAAUCAACUUCGACACUGUGAAAUUAUUGAAGCAGUUCAAACGGAUUUCUUUGAAUGUCUUAUGAAGAACGGAAAUAUUCAUCCAGUUGAAAUUGACGGAUGUUCUAAGAAUAAUGAAUACAAAGACUGUGUAAAAUCAAAAAUGGCGGCAAGAUGUGGUAGUGAAGCAGUUAUAGAUUUCGACAAAAGAUAUGAAUGGUUCAACACUUAUAAUUUGAAACAAGAGUUCAUAGAUAUUGAAAUAAAAGGGAACUACACUGAACUAGAGGAAAUGAAAACCCAGGAUAAUGGGGUGACGGAAGAUUCAAAAGUUGGAAAAUGUGCUCCAGUUGUCGAUGAAUUAGUGACACUGCUUUUAAGGAGAACUUUUGAAGAAUUCAGCGAACAUUAUCAAAAUGCAAACGAAACUUGUUCUAGGGUGAAGGAUUGUUUCAAAUUAAUCGGAACACCAGAAGCUCAAAAACUACAACAAUCUUAUCAAGUUGUUUGCGAUAGGCUGGAAUUCACUUUCACCGAAUUAAUCUCUUGUGUUAAUAAAUUUUAUGAAAACGAACGGAAAGAAGGUAACAAAUCCAGUGAUUUCGUCUCGAAAAAUCUCACUUUGAAACGAGAAGCUUUCACAUCAAAAAAAGAAAUGUUCUUAGAGUUUGCUGAGUCGAAAUGUAUCAAACGAGGAAUAGAGUAUCUGACUUUGAACUAUGAGAAAUUUGUGGACUUUCUAACUACGGAAUCGACGAAUGAUCGUUGUAAAUCUAUACCUAAAAGAGCCGAAAACGAGCUUUGUAUCCGAGAUGUUCAACAUAAUAUUAAUUAUUUGGAGACGGACCAACCAAGGUUUGUUGACAGGAUUUUCAAGGAUUGUCAGCGAGCAAAGAAAUGUGUUGAACAACUUCGAGAGAAAAACAAUGAAGCGGAUGAACAACUCACUUGUCAGGGUUCGAAAGUCACGAGAACGGCAUCACCAGAAUUAUUUUUGACCAAGUUCAUAGAAAAUAAGGAAUGUCUGAAGUUUUUGAUGUUUGAUAAUUGUGGAACGGAUGCAACUAGGCAUUUUAAUGAGAAUUUCAACAAUGCUGUGAAGAGAGUUGAAGAAGAUAGAAAUAUUGGAUGA